AUGACGUUAAAGUGCAAUAACUGCAAUUUAGUUAUUAGUGAGCUUCUAGCAUACGUGCAAAACAAGCUGUCUGUGGCAGAUGAGGACAGCAUUGUAAGAAUAUGUGUGGCGACGUUUACAUCUGAACAAAUUGAGGAGGCAAAUAACUUGCUUGUGCAUUCCUUACCGACCGACCUGCGUAAAACUGCGAGAAAAGGAAAAGGCAAAGCAAACCGCUUAGUGAACGAUAUAAUCAGCGUUUUUAAAGUCACCGAUCCUGAUGUCUUGCCAGUUUUUGUGGCGAGAGACUUAGACAAGUUACCCCCGAUUACUUUCGAUCACCUCGAUGUAUCAAAAUUACUUAAAGAUCUAGCCCUUGUACAGGCCGAGUUAAAAACCAUCAAGUCGUCAUACGUAACCGUCGACCAGCUGGAAGACGUGAAAAGGGAGUUCCGAAUUCUUAAGCAUACGUCACCGCCCUUCUCAGCAGCAAAAGUAAACAUGAGAAGAGGAGCUUAUCGGGACAGUGGGCCCAUUGGAUUUUCUCAACUCGACGAUACGGUCAUUACAAAUCACAGUGAUCGUCCUAACGCUAAAACUUCAUCUCCGAGAGAUUUUAACGUAGAUUAUAGGAGCAUAAACUAUAUGGAGGGUACUCGUAGUGCUCUUAAAAAUUACAAAUCUCAACGGACGGUCGAAAGCGGAGAACGAGAGAGUGACGUGGAACGGGUCAGUGGCGAGGACGAGAGCGAGAGAGAGGCAAAUAAUGUGUUAUCGCAUACGGUAAGCGCGCCGAGAGGUACGCCGAGUGAGACAACGUUAAAUCAAGCAACACGAGGGGAUGCUACGUCAUUCGCAGAGGUGACAAAGACAGAAGGCGAGUGGAAUGUUGUACAACGCCGAAAACCUAAAACGGCAUCGUAUCGUUAUCGGGGAGCCGCGGGUGUCUCUAAAGAAGAAAAUUGUAACUUUAAAGCCGCGGAAAGGAAAGUUCCUAUUUUUAUUACGAUGGUGCAUAAGGACACGAAGGAGAGUGAUAUUGUGGAGUAUGUGUACAAUAAAACACAAGAACAUAUUAAAGUCGAAAAGAUUACUUUUUUGAAAGGAAACAAAGAUUACAACGCAUACAAAUUUUUUGUAUCAGAGCGGAAGAUAUCAAUAUUUUUAGAUGAAACACUUUGGCCACAGGGAGUGAUAUUCAGGCGUUUCGUCAAUUUCAAACGAAAGUACAGCUCUGGCACGAACGGUGUAACGGUGAAGACAAUGUACGGCCCUACCCCUACUGGCAAUGGA